AUGAAGCUCUUCUUCAUGAUGUUAUUUAUUUCAAUAUGUCACUCAUUUGAGCAAUCGUCCAACUCCAAGGACUAUGUCAAGCUAGUGCAGUUUGCAAACUUGGCGUCGGUGGCGUAUUGUGUGACAAAAGGACUUUCUACUGGUGUGUUGAGUGAUCCAGAUACACAUUGUCCAUUGAAUGCAUGUAAAAAUUCAAUCUUACAAGAUGUGGAGAUUGUACGAAUUUUUGAUUUCAAUAGAUUGAAUGAAGUUGGUACUGGAUUCUACGCUUUAGACCAUCGACGAAAGGCAAUUAUAUUGGUGUUUAGAGGAUCUGCAUCAAGACGUGAUUGGGUUACAGAUUUAAAUUUUUUCCCUAUAAAGUAUACGCCUAUUGUAUACGACAAGGAUUUCAAAGAUGGCGAGCCUUUCAUCCAAAUGGAAUGCAAAAAUUGCCGAGUACAUCGUGGGUUUUACAAUUUUCUCAAGGACAAUUCUGGUGCCAUCAUCAGUGCUGGUAUCAAGAUGAAGGAACAAUAUCCCAAUUACCAGUUCUUAAUUGCUGGGCAUUCAUUGGGUGCUGCAUUUACAGUGAUGAGUGGGAUCGAGUUUAUGUUGUUGGGGUAUGAUCCAUUAGUUGUGACAUUUGGAGGUCCAAAGGUGGGGAAUCAAGAAUUUGCCGAUUUUAUCGACACCAUUUUCGACUCCGAAGAGGUUGCGAAAGAGAUUGAAACCAGCCAUGAUUUUUCUAGAGGUUUCAUUAGAGUCGUUCACCGACAUGAUAUUAUACCGUCCUUACCACCCAUGUUAGCACAUGCUGGUUAUGAAUACUUUAUAGAUAAACGAGAUUUACCCCACGAAGAAUCGGAUGUUGACAGAAGGGGCUUAGACCACAGUGGGUUCUUUGGCAAGCGAGAUGUUACUGUUGAAAAAGUGGGAUUAAAGGAUCUUAACAUCAAGCCGUCCACGUUUUGGCCAAACAAGUUGGGCAAAUUCGAACAUACUCAUUACUUUAGAAAAAUUACAAGCUGUCAGCAUUGA